CGCAAACGUUUCACUGGGCUUUCACUGUCAGGUGGGUGCUAGAACCGUCCAGUCCGGCGUCCGCCGCCAUGGCCCCUCCCACCGCCGCCGCGGGGAUCCCCCGCGACGCCCUCCUCCGCAUAGCCGCGCCGCUCCGGGAGUUCCUCGCCGCGGCGCCCUACGCGCCUCCAGAGGGCUCCUCCACCUCCAUCAAGUCCCUCCUCGCCUCCCUCCUCCCGUCGUCGCCCCCCUCGGCCAGCGGGGCCCGCAGGGAGGCGGCGGACCUCCUCCUCUUCUGCGCCGCCGCGCGCGCGGCGUCCCCGGAGUACCCCGUGCUGCACUGGGUCCCGGUGGCCCUCUCCGAUGCGGCCUCCGCCGCGAUGGAGGAGAUGGCGGCGGCGGGCGGCUGGGGCGAUGCCGGGGAGAUGGUGGUGGGGAUGAUGCCGGAGGUGGUGCCGCCGCUGAAGGAUGUUGUGAAGGCUACGUGCGUGGACACGGAGAAUGAUGAGGUUGGGGUGGAAAAGCCUCCCAAAGAGCAUGCUGUUGCCGCCGCCCACCAGUUCCGGUGGCUGGUGUCUCAGGUUACUUAUCCUAAGCUUGGUGACUUGUGUUGGUUAGUGAUUCCGUGUGCUCUGACCGCCUUGGACCAUUGGUCACCAGAAGUUAAGGAACAAGGAAUAGUUAGCUUCAUGCACAUAGUAAAGAACGUGAAAGCAACAGAACUAAAUUUGUAUGAAGAUGCAGUACUUGAUGCAUGCUGCCAUAACAUUCCUGCCGAUGAUGAGUUAUGGCAUCGUAUUGUUGAGGUAUCCGUGCUUGUGUUGACUUGUACUCAACGGAGUAAUCCACGUAGCCCUUGGUAUGAUCGUAUGCUAGCUGAGAUGUUGGGUCACCUGGAACGGCAACCAUUAAAUAAAAAACGCCGUGUUGCAUGGCUUACCCUUAUUGGGCCAGUUUUUGAAGCUAUGGGCCUCUUCCUACUGGCACAUUUCCGUCUCCUUUUCUCUCUCUUCUUUCAGUGGAUACAUGCGGAUGAUGACGAGACAGUUCUUCUGGUCCUAGAGCGAAUCCAUGAAGUGAUUAAGCUCACAUGGAUCAGGAAAUCACCAUAUACUUCAAGGCUGGUGGAUGAGCUUGUGCUUGUAUACAAAGAGUCAGCCACACGGAGCACCAGUGAGGUCAUGCGAAAUCACAUCCUGGAAACGCUCGCUACACUCCAGAAAUGCAAGGCGCAGCAGUUUGAGGAAGCUUGGAAGAAGCACGAAGCUGACGCAGACUUAGCAAUGCUGUUAUCUUGUUUCAAUGAACUAUGUACCGAAAAUCGUUCUGCCUGAUCUUUCCAGUCUGACUGUUAUUCCUGUGUUGUAAAUAGCUCUAGAACUUAGAUGAAAUUGAUCUUGCAAAAUCUUGGCGGUGUGUCUAUGACAUUUCUCUGUGUUACCCUGGAAAUUCGA